AGAACGCUAGCGGGUUGCGACGCCGAUCAUGUUCGAUGCCAAUGACGACUAUGCAGCCAUUCAGAUCGCCAAGUCGUCGGCGAUUUCGGUGAUUUCGGUGUUUCUGCUAGGUUCUUGACAGCGCUGCGGGCAGCAACUCCAAACCAGCAUCCUCAAAGUUGAAGCUAGCCUUGUGCAUGAGGCUGGGAUUGAUCGCCUGUCAACGACCAGGAGUUGGGGAGAAAAAUAACUUGUUCGUGCCAAUCGCCUACCAGUUGACGACCUUGGGAAUCGCGCCAGGAUGUCGUCGCCCGUCCGCGUGCUCGAUGACUACUACUUGGCCAUCACCCUUUUGGUGACGGUUGCGUACCAGCUCUUCUUUUUUUGCAUCGCCUUUUCCUUCAAGUUCGACAAGCUCACAGACUUCGCCGGCGGCACCAACUUCGUGGUGCUGGCCAUCCUCACCCUCGCGCUCAGCGGCGGGCCCGACGCGCGCCAGCUGGCCGCCUCGGUCUUCCUGGGCGCGUGGGGCCUCCGCCUGUCGGCCUUUCUGCUCUUCCGCAUCCUCAAGACGGGCAAGGACGACCGCUUCGACGACAAGCGCGACCGCUUCUUCCCCUUCCUGGGCUUCUGGGUCUUCCAGAUGCUCUGGGUCUGGCUCGUGUCGCUGCCCGUCACGGUGCUCAACUCGCCCGCCGUCCGGGCCUGGGGCGGCCAGCAGCAGCCGCCCUUUGGCUCCACCGCCAGGGACGUCGCCGGCACGGUCCUGUUCGCCGUCGGCUUCGUCAUGGAGAGCGUCAGCGACGUCCAGCGGUACCUGUUCCGCUCGCGCAACAAGGACGCCGCCGCCGUCUGCGACAAGGGCUUCUUUUACUUUUCAAGGCACCCCAACUAUUUUGGCGAGAUCAUCAUCCAGUUUGGCAUCUUCACCAUCGCCGUGUCGCCGGCCGCCGACGGCCCCGUGAGUGGUCCCGCCUUCUCGGCGCUCUACGCCACCAUCCUGGGCCCCAUCUUCUUGACGGUCCUGCUCCUCUUCGUGUCGGGCCUGACGCUCCAGGAGCGGCCCGGCGCCAAGAAGCGCCACGAGAAGGGCGGCGAGGUCUGGGGGAACUACAGCCGGUACCUCGAGCGCACCAGCAUCCUCAUCCCACUCCCGCCACAGCUGUACGAGAGGGUGCCGACGUUCCUCAAGCGCACCGUCCUGCUCGAGUGGCCCAUGUACGUCUUCGACCCGGCCAAGCACUCGGACGAGGCCCGGUCGUCCUCGCAGGUGGACGAGGAGCGUGCCAAUAUUAGAGAUCGUGGACAGGCGCAGUAAUACCGUGAUGCGAUGGAGUCGAGAUCUUUGUAAUGAUGUAUCAAACACAUUCCAUCUCACCUUUUGGCUACCAGAGAUCCGCCUUGAUAUCACCAAAUAUUCUAGAAGCUUCUUUUGCUCCAUCUAGACGUGCACCAUCUCGUGCAACGCACUAUCCGGUGUCGCAUCCGCACUCGAGGCGUCGCGCAGCUGACGGGCUCGCUCGGCUUGUUCGGCCUCUUCAUCCAGCUCCCAGCCGUUGCCCUGAAGCGACCGGGACGGGGUGUCGGGCUGGCUCAGCGAUUCCUGGGUCUCGCUGGAGGACCACUCCGAGUGAGACUCGCUCCCCUGUGACGGCUAGGUUAGCUUUCUGCUUGUGGUCGAUUCGAUAAUAUUGAAGGCCCGUGGUUUAGAGCACUGUGGGUGGGACAUGGAAAUUGAGAAUCAGACUUGCCUCGGGGAUUGGUACCAUGGCCGAUCGAGUCCCUGGCGUGUUACGAAAGAGUCAGGGGAUUUACACAAGUUUAGGGCAGGAUGAUGUAUUGCAAGGUACCACGAACAUAUGUGGACCGCCUUUUUCCAGUCGAGGCCGCUGAUACAGCCGCCUUUUAUCGAGACCACAUUCUUGGUCUGACCCGUGUUUGGCCAUGUUAGCAUAGUGCCCGCGAAGAGUUUUGGACUCGAGAAAGUGAAGGAGAGAAACCCACCGGCGUUGUGUGAAUCAUCCGUGUGCCGCAAACCUUGCAAAAGUAGCUGUUUCCACUCAGUUCGUGACCAUGACGGGAAAAUCACAUGUCGAAUGCAAGGGAAAGGUGUCAUUUAUA